CGCAAAUGAUAGGAAGCGCACAUGAUGAUGGUUUUGCUGGGUGAACUCUAUGGGUACCCAAAUCCAGUAAUCCACCCAGCCCCGCGCCUCCAAACAGCGCCUGACCUUUCUGUACGUCACGCAGGAGGCAAAUACCUUCCGAAAGAAUGUUAAAUGUAUUUAAAAGAGCUCUUUUUGAAAGGAGUGCUUACGAGACCGUGUUGAAAUUGAGAUUUGGUUAAGGCAUUGACUGAUUCCCGGACCAUCUCAAUCCGUUGUUAACCCCAAACUCGAGUUCGUACACGUCCCCUUUACUUCCAGGUCAUCCCAGAGGCCGGAGCCGCGACUCUGAUUCUUGUGAGAACCCCAUUGCCCAUUUCAGGGAAGCGCAAGGAAAAUUGACUCGCUGGUGGGACACGAGGGCUGCGGAGCGCGGAGAGGCGAGCCUGCGGACUAGUCCUAGGCCCUACGGUCGCCGGAACUCCUCUUCGGUGUCUUUCUGGGAAACUCUUUGGUGCCAAGAGAGCCUGUUGCUAUCAAUUACUGAAGCCAUAAGGAAAAAUUUUUCAAAAAUUAAAACUUUACCAUAAUGAGGUGUUGCCACAUCUGCAAGCUCCCAGGAAGAGUGAUGGGAAUUCGCCUGCUUCGUCUGUCUUUGGUGGUCAUCCUUGUGUUACUGCUGGUAGCUGGGGCUUUAACCACUUUACUCCCUAAUAUCAAAGAAGACAAGAUGCUCACUUUGCGUAGGGAAAUAAAAUCUCAGGGCAAGCCCACCCAGGAUUCCUUUACUCUCAUAAUGCAGACAUACAACAGAACAGAUCUCUUAUUGAGACUUUUAAAUCAUUAUCAGGCAGUACCAUAUCUGCACAAAGUGAUUGUGGUAUGGAACAAUGUUGGGGAGAAGGGACCAGAGGAGUUAUGGAACUCCCUAGGGCCUCACCCUGUCCCUGUGAACUUCAAAGCACAGACCACAAACAGGAUGAGAAAUCGACUCCAGGUCUUUCCUGAACUGGAAACCAAAGCGGUGUUAAUGGUAGAUGAUGACUUGCUAAUUAGCGCCCAGGACCUUGUUUUCGCUUUUUCUGUGUGGCAGCAAUUUCCUGAUCAAAUUGUAGGAUUUGUUCCCAGAAAGCAUGUGUCUACCUCCUCUGGUAUCUACAGCUAUGGAGGUUUUGAACUGCAGACACCAGGGUUUGGAAAUGGUGAUCAUUACUCCCUGGUCCUGAUUGGAGCCUCAUUCUUCCACAGCAAAUACCUGGAACUCUUUCAGAGGCAGCCUGCAACUGUCCAUGCUUUGUUAGACGAGACGCAGAACUGUGAUGACAUUGCCAUGAAUUUUAUCAUCGCCAAGCACACUGGGAAGACGUCAGGGGUAUUUGUGAAACCUGUAAACAUAGCCAAUUUAGAAAAGGAAACUACCGGUGGCUAUUCUGGAAUGUGGCAUCGAGCUGAGCACUUUCUGCAGAGGUCUUAUUGUAUAAACAAGCUUGUUAACAUCUACGACAGCAUGCCCUUAAAAUACUCCAACAUUAUGAUUUCUCAGUUUGGUUUUCCAUACGCCAAUCACAAAAGUAAAAUGUGAAAGUGAAGCAGACACAAAAACAAACCUCAGAACUGCUUGUUAUUUGAGUAGCUUCUUCGUGCUCUGGUUGGUCUUUUUAUUUAUUUAUUUUUAAGCAACAUCACGAACUUUUUUUCUACUCUAGAAGUCUCUACAAAGGGGAAGAAUGCAUGGGGCUUCUAGGAUGUACAAUUUACAUGUGCUUCAAAACCCAAGAAGCUGAUAUUAUCCAGAUAGGUCUUGUGAUAAGUCUUCAUUCAUGGAUAUAAUUCCUUGGUCAACAAUUUUAUUGUUUACAUGCUCAGACUGUUCGACAGUUUGUUUUAAAUUGAAGUUGAUUUACAGUGUCGUGAUAAUGCUCUACAAUUUUGUUUUUUGACUCCUGGCACUUUUCUUAAGGACCUUUAGCAAGCCGUUUCCAGGAUCAAAAUCUCCAGAGAAGUAUUUCUCAGCUUUUUCAUUCAAGGAUGAUUAUUUUCAUCUGAAGCCUGAAAUGCCUCUUUCUCAAAAGACUGUGGUGUAGGGUAAAGCCAUGUGAGGGGAGAAUAGUCUCAAUCCCGUAUAAAAACAAGUGGAGAUUUUGUGACUAUCAGGGUUUCUCUUCUGGUUCUUCCAACCAGCCCUUUCCAGGACUAGCUCGUCCCAGCAUGGUUUUGAGGCAACCAUCAGCGCUUUCUGUGGUUAAGUCUGUUGUGACUGGUUGGGUUAAUUUUAGUAGCUGAAUGAUGUCUAGUCGUUUGCUUGACUUUUCUGAACAUUUACUGCAUGGAUCACAUAAAAGUGCAGCCUGUAUUUCUUAUAUGCAACUUCUAUGCAGCAAGGAGUUAAUGUGUUACUAGAUUCAGGUCCUACAUUUUGGCACUGAAUCUGACCUUGAGAUUGUACAUUAACUUCUAGAUUUUAUAUAAAAGAUGUAUUGUUUAAGAAACAUGCGUAAAGUAACUCUUCUGACAGAGUGAUUCAGUAAGACCAGGCAGAAAUUAAAACCCUUACUAUCUGAUGAUCUUUAUUGUUAUAAAAGCAUCAGUUAUCUCAUGGAUACUAAAAUGUUGUGUGUGUUACACACAAAGUCAGUCUCUUGGAUUCUGAAUUCCCCCUCCGAGCCCCUGCUGCCAAAAGAUUCAGAGAUCAUGAUGAAAUUUGAAUUACAUAGAUGUAGAAAAAAAUAAAAGACCUGAGUCAUAGCAGAGAAAUUCCACAGGGAGCCUGCAUCAGUUCAUUAUUAAGUUGCCCACUCUCUGUUACAUGAAUUAGUAUCUGUUCCACACUGUGUUUGGUCCUUAAUUCACUACUGGUGGAAAGGAAUACUUAAUUAAGCUUCUUUCUACCACAUUCUCCUCUUCUUAUUCCCCCUCCUUCUCCCAUAUUCCAUAAUGGUCUCAAAAUGGCACAGCUAUGAAAAUAAUUGUGGUUAACGUUCCAACAAUGAGAUCUCUUGUACAGUUAGCUCAGUGUAUAUUGUUCCUUUCCAUGGGCAUGUGUAUGUGUGUUAAUGCCAUCUGAGAAAACCAGUAGAACUUGAAGGCUCACUAAAAGUCUAUAGUGUUAAUUAUCUGCUUUGUCAAACCUUGGUAGUGAUUUUUUUUUUUUUUUGCCUCUUGAGAUUGACAGAUAAAUAAAAUAAACUUUUA